UUCGUUCGUUCGUUCGUUCGUUCGUUCGUUCACUCGCUCGUUCGCCGCUCGCCAUUCGCUUGCUUCGUCAAAUAUAUAAUGUAAAUUGAUGAUCGACGCUUAAAGAGGAGAACUCGAGAGUUUAAAGAGGAACACUAGUGGAACAAGUAAAUCGUAAUGAUGGAAAAAAGCUGAACGGAUGACAGACACACCAAUGCAGCGAUUCGAAACGGCGAGCGCAUGGUUCGCUCGUGUCGCGCGUCUCUACCCUCAUCGCGCCGCACCGGCGAAAAGCUUUUGUGAUUUUUCUAUUAUUUUUCAGAAAUUCUCAUUCGUGAAUGCUAUAACGUAUCCUACGAUGAUCUCCGAAGAUGUUCUCCGACGUAUCUAACUUUUCUUCUACUUCCGAUCUGUUCAAGCGUCAAAACAAACGACCAACAGUCAUACGUACCAAAAUGGAUUUUCAAAUGGUUUUCUAUUUUUAAAAAUAAUCCCAUGUAAUUUUUACCCUGACAUAUGUUUUCUCACCACGGCAUUAUCGUUCAAUUAAUAAAUUCUUCGAAUUUACAAUGGUCAAGGCAUAUCCAUCUAGCAUAACGUAAGUCGUGACAAUUACAAGCUUUUCUUUGUCACGACCCUGUCGCCACUUGUCCGUGGCUAUUCAGUAGCUGAAAACGCAAACGUAGCAACAAUUUCCUAAGCAAACACAAGAUGACAAAACGCGCUUGCGGUUUUGUUAUAUUUCGACGUAUUCGAGGAAUGAUCGAGUACCUCCUAAUGCAAGUGUCUUACGGCGAGCAUCAUUGGACACCACCGAAAGGUCACGUCGACCCUGAUGAAUCAGACAUGGAAACCGCAUUACGUGAAACAGAAGAAGAAGCGGGCUUAUUGGCUAGCGAUUUGAACAUUUUUGAAAACGUGAAACACGAACUGAAUUAUCAUGUGAACGGGAAGCCCAAGGUUGUCGUUUAUUGGCUAGCGGAGUUACUAGAUCCUGAGAAACCUAUCCGAUUGUCACACGAGCAUCAAGCGUUUAAAUGGCUCUCACUUGAGGAGGCUUGCGCUGUAGCAAAGUAUCAAGACAUGCAAAACGCGUUAAAAUAUUUUAAUGAUUACAUACUAAAAAAUCUCUCAUAACGUAAUGUGAAGUAACAUAAAAUGUUUCUUUUUCUUUUAAAA